AUGGAAACACAAAUGAUGAAGCUUACCAAGGGAAGCGUCAAGACAGACUCGCUUCCAAUUGAUCUCAUGAUGGAGAUACUCAAACGGUUGCCGGUUAAAACCCUAAUCCGGUUCAUGUCCGUAUCUAAGCUAUGGGCUUCCACCAUCCGCAGUCGAGACUUUAUGAAGUUAUUUAUGGAUGUGUCUUUGACUAGACCGAAAGGUCUCCUUUUCUUGUUCGGACGUAGUGGAUGCUGCGGAUUGGUUCUUUCCCAAAACACGCACGAAUCAUCUCUUGUUACAAUUUUCCGUGUGAGUUGCUACUCUCCACAAUGGUCUACCGUUUCUCCUUCUGUCCACGGUUUGAUUUGCUAUGCACAAGCCACUAGACUUGUUAUAUAUAACCCGUGCACUAGACGAUCCAUUACCUUGCCUGAGAUCAAUACAUGGAGAACACGGCCCAUACGCUACUACUUGGGGUAUGAUCCCAUCGAAAAUGGUUAUAAAGUGUUGUGCGCCAUGUUAGGUGGCGGGGUGCACGAUUUAGUUAAAGAGUUUAGGGUUUUGACAGUGGGAACCGAGAGCUCUUGGAAGAUGAUUAAAAACAAUAUUAUUUCUCACGCUCCUUUGGGACGAGAGUUGUGUAUAAGUGGUAUUUUGUAUUAUCAAGCUUUCACGGGCAGAAAGAAGGAUUUGACAAUCAUGAGUUUUGAUGUUAGGUCAGAAAAACUUUAUCCUAUCAAAGGACCUAUUACUUUGUUGUGCAGUAAGUCUUCAAAGUUGAUAAGCUACGAGGGAAAGCUAGGUGUAAUCUUCUAUAUAGAGAAUGGCGUUAGUUUGUGUGUUCUAGAAGAUGCUGCUAAGGAGGAAUGGUCGACGAAGACUUUUGUUUUGUCUACAGCAGUCCCACCUAUUAACUGGAAUGGAAAGUGUACUGAGACUGACACCAGUGAGAUUAUACUUGCACCACUGUUAUUGCGUGCAUCAGAGCUUGAAGAUGGUCCCUGGUGGAGUGGAUAUGUUGUCAUGGAGUCUCUUGUUCCGCUCAGACCAAAUGCAGUAGACCAGAUUGAGAUACAAGGCGCUUGA